GUUGGGUUCUGUUCUCACAGAGGCUCUGCUGAUCGGAGGUCAUGGCAACCCGGUGACCUUUCCGUCACAGUCACUCAGGUUGUGGGACGGCCUGAUCCAGCCAGAUUUACGCUCUGUUCCUUUCAUGUGUCGAUGAUUUAACUGAACUCCUGACGUCAGUCUCUGCACUCAGCUCUGUGCAUGUCUGCGUUCUCUCUGGGUACUCCAGGUUCCUAUCGUCUUCUGAAGACUGCCAGGUCCCGGCGUGCAGGCAUGUCCCAGGCCAGCUGUCUCCUAUCUGAGGACCAGUUCCGGUGCUUCAUCUGUCAGAAUGUCUUCACGGAUCCGGUCAGCACACCGUGCGGCCACAACUUCUGCAAGAACUGCGUCACAGAAAACGUGUGUGAUGAUGUCCCGUUUCAGUGUCCAGUGUGUGAAAAGAUGUUCUUCCCGCGACCGGAGCUGGAGGUCAACACUCUGAUCGCCGAGCUGCUCGACGAGUUCAGGAGAUCAGCUCUGCGCCAGAACGCAGAGGCAGAAAUUCCUGGUCCAGUCAGUCGAUUCACUAUAAGCGCAAAGAUUGCCAUAUUAUGUGGUGUGUUUCUCUUACUUAUUUCAUCCUCUCAAGUCAGUCACAGCCCUGCUCUGACAGGAGAAACUGAAGAGAAGGCAAAGGGAAUCAUAGAGGACAUUUGGACCUUUAGUUCAGCAAAGAGAUGCCAGAAUGUGACCUGUGGACAGAACCGGACUGCAGUGGGUCUGCUCUCUGCCGCUCAGCUGGAGCAGAUCUUCACUCAGGUGAUGAAGAAGGAAACUCCCAGGCUGCUGAUCCGAGCCGAGCUGAUGAGAGCCCAAUGCUACGCCGUGGACGUGACUCUUGAUCCAAACACCGUUCAUCCCAAACUCAUCCUGUCGGAUGAUGGGAAACAAGUGAGCUGUUGUAACCCAGCGGGGAAUCUCCCGCAUGACCCAAACAGGUUUAUGUCUUUUAAAUAUGUUUUAGGAGAGCAGAGCUUCUCCUCCGGGAGGUUUUACUUUGAGGUCCAGGUGAAGGGAAAGACUAACUGGACUGUAGGAGUGGCCAAAGAGUCCGUCUCCCGGACGGAUCGCGUCAGACGGACGCCCCGGUCCGGAUUCUGGUCCGUAUCUGUGAGGAAUCAAAACGAGUUGUUUGGUUUGUCUUCCCCUCCCGUCCCAUUAUCUCUGAACUCUGGUCUGGAGACGCUGGGGGUGUUUGUGGAUUAUGAAGAGGGUCUGGUCUUCUUUUAUGAUGUCCAUGCUGCUGCUCUGAUCUUCUCCUUCACAGGCUGCUUCUUCACUGAGAGACUCCACCCAUUAUUUGGUCCGGGUCAUAACAAGGAUGGGACAAACAGGGCCCCUCUGAUCAUCACACAGGUCUCCAUUGUCCCUCAGUAACGACCCGAUAAUCCAUCUGCUUCCUUUCUCCUGCUUCUCCAAAUGGUUUUGGUCUUUGAUGAUCCACUCUUCACUCAGACCAGCUUCUACCAUCCACUGUUACUGAAAUGUAUUAUUUUAUGAUGAACCUAAAUACUGUUCAGUUUUCAUGUAUUUUUAUAACUAACUUAGUGGAAAAUAUGUCAACUGUAGAGCACAGUGCAGACCAAAUAAAGUCAGUGGUGGUAAUCCUAAAACAUCAGUUCCACAAAUGCUGAAAGGCUAUGCUAUAAAUGCUAAUGCUAAAAUGCUAAUAUCCUCCAUGCAUUUCCCUCCACAGGACCAAAUCUGUCAUCCAUCAUAAUGGUUAUGAUUGUGGAAGCAGGAACAGAUAUUUCACUCUUUGUGCAUGUAAUUCUUGGAUUUUUCAGUAUUUAUUUGGUUGUUGUUCACUUUUCA